UUAAAUAUAUAAAACGUAUUAUUUCUUGUAUAGAAAUAAAGUCUAAAAAUAUGAAUAAAUUCGGCUGCGGCAUUGCCAUUAUUGUUUUAACACUAAGAAAUGCAGCACAAGUUAAUGGCUUAUUUGAAAAUGUAGAUUUAAUUAUCAAAGUGAACAGUUUAAUUAAUGAAGGACUAAAUUCUUUAAUUAACAGCGGUGCAUUGAGUGAUAUCAUCGGAAUGAAUUUUACCAGAUGCGUUAUUGGGUUGAAAAACUUUCUAAAUCCAUUAGAAAAUAACGACAAAGAGCAAAAGAACGUCCUCGGCUUUCUCGAUCUUCCUACCAGUUUAACUACAUCUGCGCCCGCAACUUCUUUCCCUCUCUGUAACUUGCUAAGUACAAUAGUGGUGUUAAAUAAACUUUGCGUAACCGAUAAGAAUAAAACCUUUCUCGAUGUUAUUAACUGUACUGUAAUCGAAACGAGACCAGCAAAACUUUAUAUAUUAAAUUUACUAAGUCCAGUGUUAUCGGAUUUCUACGAAUGUAUCGAUAAAAGUUUGCAGGUGGCUGUUUUAAAUAUUCUUAAUUGUACUAAUGUAGAAAAAUUUUUAACAUUUCUUCAAAACUGUUCUUCUCCUUCGCCCGAGUUAUUUCUUUCGUCGACCUUCGCCAAUUUAAAUAAAUUCACUAACAAUUUUCUAAACUGUUUUCAGAUACUAAAAUUGAAAUGA